AUGGGAGUGAAUACUCUGACUCUGAAACAGCUGGUUGAGGCCCAGGAAUGUGGUGACACCCUAAAAGCUAUUCAGUUGCCAGCUGUUACAGAGGCGGUGGUUCCCAAAUUUAACAAAUAUUUAUUUUGCAGAGUUGAACUAAUGAGGAUAACUCACUUUGAGGAAGUACUGCCAGAUGGAGUUAAGGAAGCAUGCGACCAAGUGGUCAUGUCAGAGCCAUUUGAGUAUCAGCUGAAGGAUAAGCUGCAGAUGGGGAAGCUUGUGCAGCCUCUUCAGAUGCCUCCUGAAGGGGAGAGCGUCGUCGAGGGCACCGUCUGUACUGUCAUAGGUUGGGGCAUCACCUCUGACAUUGGCGAUAUCACUGAUAUACUUCAAAAGGCGGACGUAGCUGAAGUGUCAGACGAGAAUUGUCGGAUAUCGUACGGGGAGGAUGCCGUUGAAGACAGUAUGCUGUGCGCCGGCUGGUCCGAUGGACACGCUGACGCGUGCGACGGAGACCAAGGCGGGCCACUCCUAUGUUGGGGACACCUGCAUGGGAUAGCUUCUUGGGGAGAAAACUGUGGUGACUCCUUCUACCCCGGCGUGUACACCGAGAUAGCCUUCUUUAGAAACUGGAUUCUGAACCACAUAAACCCCCCUAUGACUAGCCCUUAAUGACACAUUAGACGGGACACAGUGAAUGUUGCUCUGAUCCGAAAGCUACAACAUACACACACACAUUCGGUAUGGAACCCACACCUGCUUAAUUAAGCAUGUCAAAAAUUUUGAGAAAAUGCAAAGGUUUUCAAGAAAACUAGUCCCGGAGCUAACACGUAUGUCCUUCGAGGAGAGAAGGACAGAAAGGACAGGGAAGGACAUGAUGAAGACACAUGAAAUACUGAGAGAAAUUAACAAGGUGGAUAGGGACAUAAUAUUUCACAGAUGGGACGCAACAAGUGGUCAGAACUGGAAGAUACAAAUCCUGAUGAGUCACAGAGAUGUUAGGAGGUAUUUCUUUAGUUACAGAGUUGACAGGAAGUGGAACAACCUGGAGAGUGAUGUAGCGGGUAGGAUCCAUACAUAGCUUUAAGAAGAGGUAAAACUCAUUGAGCAGAGAGAGUGACGUAGUAGCGACCAGUGAAGAGGUGGGGCCAAGAGGUGUGACCCUACCCACCUCUCACUACAAACAGGUGAGUAUACACACACACACACACCCACACACACACACACACACACACACACACACACACACACACACACACACACACACACACACACACACACACACAC